UUUUCAGGUAACCGCCAUGGGCUUCUUGUACCAAACAGCACAACUGACCAGGAAUUGCAACACAUUCGUGAUCACCUUCCAGAUAAAGUCAAGGUCCAGCGUGUAGAAGAGAGAUUAUCUGCACUGGGAAAUGUGGUUGUCUGCAAUGAUUAUGUUGCUCUUGUUCAUCCUGACAUAGAUAGGGAAACUGAGGAGACAAUUCAUGAUGUACUCAAAGUAGAGGUGUUCCGUCACACAAUUGCCAACAAUGUCCUUGUGGGCACAUAUUCAGUAAUUUCCAACCAAGGAGGAAUUGUCCAUCCAGCUACACCUACCCAGGAGCUAGAUGAAUUGUCUAUGCUGCUGCAGGUUCCCCUUGUGGCAGGCACAGUAAACCGUGGCAGUAAUUCCAUUGCUGCUGGUUUGGCUGUCAACGAUUGGGCAGCCUUUGCUGGGAUGGACACUACGGCUACAGAACUGAAUGUAAUUGAGAGCAUAUUCAAGAUCAAUGAUGCAUCUCAAGCGGCUAUAUCGACUAACAUGAGAAACGCACUUAUUGACAGUAUGACCUAAAGUAAGGGAAAUCAGCCUUCAGUAACAAAAUGUUGACAGAGCAUUUUGUUGAUAAAAGAUGAUGGUAUAUGACAUAUGUUGUUUGUAAUCUAAUAGCAGUGUGAAGCUUUAUAUUAAGUAAAAGGAAAAGAUGAAGUUACAACAAUGUUAUUAAGGGUUUGAGUGCAUGUGCGCAAAUGAUUUGUAUAGAAUCACCUUUCAUCAGUAAUGCCAGCAGGAACAGGAUGCAUUAUUAUAUGAAUUUUGGCCUCGUAUAUAAAGAUUAUAGAUGUAUAGAGAGAAUGAAUGUAUCACUGUAUUGGAUUCUUAUGAACACAUAGUAAUCUAUCAUUAACCUGAAAUAUUUACUGUAUACCCAUUAGGCAUAUUGCCUUAAAAGUAAUAUGUUUCAUUUGCUAUGUAUUAUGGCAUUAAAUAUACCAUGUUCUGUA